UCUGAAAACAACUCGUAUCGUAAACACGUUGCAAACUAUCGUAUUUUGCUUAACUGCAGUCCGACCACACACGGCAGCUACCGAAAUUAAAUUAGAAACUGCUGCUGCAGAAAAAAUAAUGGCAGACGACGAAAAAUUACCGGGUGGAUGGGAGAAAAGAAUGAGCCGCAAUUCAGGCAAAGUAUACUACUUUAACCACAUCACCAAUGCCAGCCAGUGGGAACGUCCGGUGGGAGAUGGCCGUGGAGAGCCAGAUAAGGUACGCUGCUCCCACCUCCUGGUGAAGCAUAAUCAGUCACGUCGUCCAUCUUCUUGGCGGGAACAAAAUAUAACACGGACUAAAGACGAGGCCCUGGAUCUCAUUCAGAAGUACAUAGAAGAGAUCAAAUCUGGGGAGGAGUUGUUUGAGUCCCUGGCAUCUCAGUUCAGCGACUGCAGCUCAGCUAAGAACGGCGGAGACCUGGGAUUAUUUGGCAAAGGUCAAAUGCAGAAGCCUUUUGAAGAUGCCUCCUUUGCUCUAAAAAUUGGAGACAUGAGCGGUCCUGUUUUUACUGACUCUGGAGUCCACAUCAUCCUACGCACUGGUUGAAAGGAAGAAGCCUCACACUGUACUUCCCCUUAUAUCUUCACACACACAGUCCGACCCAUCCAGACCUAAUUUAAUUUAAUGACACACACCAACCAAGAAACAAAGUGUAUGGUCUGAAUUGCAUUAUUUUAAGCAAGAGCAUUUUGUUUCAAGCACUAUGUUGUAUGAAAAAUGUAAUCAUACUGAACAUCGAGGAGUAUUGCAGAUUAUUCCUUUGAGACCUUAAGCUUUUAUUAACCAUGGCAAUGCCAUUAUAUAAAACAUGAGUGCCUGUGACUCUGUUGAAGUGAGUGCAUGUUUUCAAAAGGACCAUUUAUCAUGUUUUCCUGUAACCUUAUCCAUUCCUACUGUAUGUGUGCCAAAGCAGUUCCUCAAUCUUGUUUUGGAAAAUGGAUUCAUAAAAUGCUUAAAAUACUUUAUAGUUAUUGCAAAACCCCUGCAGUUUGAGAAAGUACUGUUAUUCUGAGAUCUCUACAUUUAGCAUUGCUGUAAAUUUGUCCUUUGCAGAUAUCCAGGAACAGAAUCACUUGUUUCCAUUUAAAAGUGCACGUCUCCUCCCCCUUAUAUGCAAAGAUUGAACAACUAAAAACCUCCAGGUUUUAACAAUCUGCUUUUGCAGCUUUUAAAAGCAUCAAGGUUUAGAUUCAUAUUACAAUGUUGUGUCAUUAAUUGAAGAUUUUCUUUCAAUAAAGUCUUUUUUUUGUAA